CACACGAUGAAUCCGAGUGACAUUAUUUUGAUCAAAUACUUGAUUUUGAUAUUUUUGUUGUUGUUUUACGCGUAGUUGGCAUUCCUGCACCCCCAGCCGCCUUCGUAGCUGCCUCUCCAGGAUGCUGCGAAAAAUCAAUAAACUCAUCUAGGGUUAAAACAUCCCUCAUUUCUCUAUUAUUUUCCACGCUUAAUAGCCAACCAUGUAACGACAACCAAAACAAAUUACUCUUUGGCGUAUUUUCAGUUUUAUCGUUAUCAAAAUUAUCGCAAAAAUGUAGUGCGUGCUUAGUUUUUUUUGUGAUAAUCAAAUGGGGUUGGUUAAGGGGUGGAUGUAUUGUAUUUUGUGGUAUUCGAGUAUUUUGGCAGGUUACGCAGGACUGUUUUGUCCUUUGUUGCCUGUCCUUUUUCUUUCAAACAAGUUGUAUCGCUAUUGUACAGAUGCUUUGUUUACGUUUUGGCAGUAUUAUCCUACAGUUUUGCUUGAAACUUUGUGUGGAUGUGAUAUACAGGUCUCUGGAGACGUCAUUUUAGCGAAUGAGACAUCUCUCAUUGUUAUGAACCAUCGCACCAGGACUGACUGGAAUUUUUUGUGGCCCACCAUGUAUCACUGUGUUUAUGGUAAAAGUAGGUUUAGGCAUCCCACGAAAUUUGUAUUGAAAGACAUUAUAAGGCACAUUCCAGGACCAGGUUGGGUGAUGCAAAUGGCCUGCUUUGUAUACAUCAAGCGCUGCUGGCUUUUGGAUAAAAUAACUCUUCAGAAAGCCGUUGAUUAUUUCGCUGAUCUUUCGUAUAAAUACUCUCUUUUAGUCUUCCCGGAAGGUACUGACUUUACUAAAUCUACUAAAUCUAAGAGCGAUUCGUACGCUCGUAAACAUGGGAUUCAGACUUAUGACUAUGUUCUUCAUCCCAGAACCACAGGGUUUGUGUUUUUGACCCAGCAGAUGUUAUCAAGACAGGCUGUGGACGCUGUGUAUGACGUAACGUUAGUUUACCCUGAUGUAGUACCCCAAAAUGAGGCCAUCUUGUUGAAGGGGGAUUUCCCCAAACAAAUCAAAGUUCAUUUAGUCAGAUAUCCUAGUGCAGUUCUUCCCCGCACCGAACAAGGCCUCCGCGACUUCUUAGAAAAGCGCUGGUUGGACAAAGAACGAACUUUACGUGAGUAUCACAUGACUGGUCAGUUCCUUCACGGUCGUAUUCUGAAGACAGAAAAUCGAUUCGAAUUACUCUUCGCAUUGGUCUUCUGGACUCUCCUUCCUGUCAUCGUAACAUACAUCUUCUGGGUAGUUCCCUGGUUUCGUUUGCUGGUUUUGGGCCACACGGUGUUUCUUUUAGCCGUCAAUUUGACCUUCGAAGGCUUCCAGAACUUCGAGAUUGGGCUGUUCAACUUUAAGAAGCGAAUAAUUAGGGCCAAGUAGCGGUGUUAAUCGAUGUUUAUGUGUUUUUGGUACCUUAAAACUGUCAAUCAUUUUUGUGUAGAAUAGACUUUAUUUUUGUAUAUGUGGUUUGGUUGGAACGGUUGUUUUAUUGUGAAGUUGGGACGAAAAAUUUGGAGAUGAGGUUAAGAAUACAGAGUGAUGGGUUUUCAACAUUUCUUUCGUUAUUUAAAUUGUUGUCUUGAUAUUUUAUUUUUUUCUACUAUAUUCUCUAUUUGUACAAAGCUUGGUGAUAAUCUACAGCUAUACAGAAUAUUUUGUUUUCGAGGCAUAGCACACAACUUGGUUUUUAAAUAGAAUACCCAUUGCAAAAAAAUCAAGAACAUUGGAAUAACUUGGCAACCUCGCAUCUGUACUUCGGUAAUAAAUUAUGGUUAUAAAAUUGAGUAAGAAGAGGUCAAUCAGAACAUAAAAAUUUGUAAGGUAUUCCAUUUGAAAAAACUAAGUUGCCUCAUUCUUUAAAACAGAAUGAGGUAUGAUUAAAAAAAAUUUUUGGUAUUCUUCUUAUCAGUUUUGAGACAAAACUGUAUUUAAGAAUUAAGUGAAUUGCACUGAUCGCACAUCUAUGUGAAAACAGGGGAACAUAGUUUCGAAAUGUCAUUUUUAUAUAGAAUUUUUAUGUAAAAAAUGACAACUGGAAUUUUUUAACAGUUCAUAAUAUUGUGUAUAUCAGUUUAUUACGUAAGGUGAGUCACGAGUAUUAGAGAUAAAAAGUACAAAUCUACAGUUCUUCGAGCAGCGCACGCCAGGAUUAUUUUCAACUAUACAGAGUGUUCUGUUUUUGUGGAGCAACAUACAAAGUAGUUUUUUUAUGGACCGUCGUAAAUAUUUUUAUAUUUUCUGAUUGGGUUUAUUUUUGAAAUUUGUUAACAAUGCGAAUUGCUAGGUAACGAGAAUUGAACCGAGUGUGCUAUUUGGCAAAACUGAGACAUGCCUAUUUGAAAACUGUAAUAUUUUGAAAUUUUUUAUAAACAUUCUGUAAACUACAAUAAAUAACGUGUCAACGUAGCUUUGACAAUUAAAAAAUAAGCUAUGGCAUAAAGAUUAAGAAAAGCUCAAUAAGAAUAAAUAAAUAAAUUGAAGAGGUCAAGUAAAAUAUUUAUGUAAAAAUAUAUAGGCUGUUCUAUUCGAAAAAGUAAGUUUUGUGUUAUACCUUAAAAACAGAACACUCUGUAUAGUUAAUGUAAUUUGAGUGUGUGAUUGUCAAAGAAUCGUACAACUUUCGUUCGUAACUUUUUUCCUUUUCACCCUGUAUAUGUAGAAUAUCAGUAUAAAUGAUUAGAACAAACUGUUGUGAAAUGGUCAACCUUAAAAGGAAAUUUUUAUUCUUAUAGUUUUGAAUUUAAUGUGCAAAAAUGGGUGUUUUUAGGUUUUUUGGUACAGAAAAACCAAAAUAACAUCAAUAACACAGAUAUGUUUUUCCACAACAGUCAGUAAUCUAAUCUUUAAACAAAAAAAUAUUUCAGUUUUUUGAUACCUUUUCUAUUAAAAAGAAAAUACAUAAAAAUUCUGCUACUACAACCAUAAUUAUUUAUCUUUAUAUCUGUAGUCAGGGUAGAAAAAUCAUGUAGAGAUAGUGGUCCGGAAACUGAAUAUUGCUAAUAGGUGUUCGAAUUACACUAAAGUUUAAACUCUGUACCUAUAUUAUAUUAAUGACAAAUAUUCUACCAGAAAAUCUGGCCAACUUUUUUCAUCUUCCUAAGGUUUAUAAUUAAAAUCCACGCCUUUCACUACGCACUCGCAGACUAACACAACAAAUUUUUUAACAUGAAAAUUUUCAAGAUUUUGUAAUGCGUAGAGGGCUUAGGAAUAACACUAAAUUUUGGUAGAGGUUAUUUAAAAUGUUAUGUAAAUAUAAAUCAGACAAGUCAAUUUUUUUAGAAACACUUCCUCAAACAAAAAAAAACAAAACUUGUUGUGAUUUGUUGAUGCACUCACUAGUUCAAUGUUACGUGCUAAUUUUGCUUGACGUAACAUUUUGGUAACCUAAUCUCUACUGUCAAUGUCACCCUGCUUUAACUUCCGUACACAAAUUUGUACAGCAUUGCUUGAAAUCUUUUAACUAAUCUGACAAAUUUUUCGUCCAUCUGUUUUAGAUUUAAGGUGAGUUUCUCAAAUCCAUUUUGACCGACUCACUACGUCUUAGCGGUUCAAGUGAAUUCAUGUGCCAAAUUAAGCUAGAUCUUUGUAAAUACGUGUUAUGUUCGUAUUUUAAUUCUAUAAGUACUGGACAUUUACUCUUUCGUAAAAUUAUGUAUAGAUUACUUGUAUAUUUCGUGUAAUAUGGUUACAUACAUAAAUUGUAAUUAUUUACUGUACAAAAAAUAAACUCAGUGUUUCGA